UAGUCAAGUCAAGUUGAAACUAUACUUUAGUGCAGUCGGGAAGUUCAAAGUUUGGGAAGCUAAACCUUUUCGCCGUCGUAGCUGCCGUUAACCUCUCUUUAAGUUGUUAUGGAGCAGCCACAUGAUUAUUACGAGAUGAAGAAGAAGCCUUUAAGAGUCACCAUCAACGCCCCGAAACGGCUGCUGUCUUCGACGGUAACGCAAUCGCAGCCGCUGCCGUUCCUUCCGGAUGAACUCAUCAGAGAAAUCUUACUGAGGCUUCCGGCAAGGUCACUGCUUCGGUUACGGAGAGUGUGCGGUUUAUGGAAAACCCUAAUUUCCAGCUCCCAAUUCGCCAAAGACCAUCUUCAACAUUCAACUGCCGCGGAUCCAAGUUUGAGUGGGCCACGAGUUGCUUAUCAUCAUAGUUGCCACUACGGAUUCGGAGAUUUCUCCUUACGCUCCUUGGUCGAGAACCCUUCCAAACCUACGGAAGUCGUUCUCUUCGAGGAGAGACGUAACCACACAGUUAUUGGCUCUUGCAAUGGAUUGCUGUGCUUUUAUGAUGUUGUUGGCAUCAACAUCUUUUUCAGGUUGUGGAAUCCCUGUACUGGAUUAUUGACAACCCCAUCGGUGGAACGUGGGGAUUUCUUAUCCGUUUUCGGCUUCGGCUAUGAUCAUGUGAAUGACAAGUACAAGCUUGUUGUGGUUGUAAAUCACAUGGGGUAUCAUACAACCAAAAUUCAUACAUUUUGCAGCAACCCUUCCAAGAGAGCCAUUCAAGGUAUCCCAUUUAGCAGCAUAAAGGGUGAUCGUAAAGGGGUAUUUGUGCCUGGCACCGCUACCCUUAACUGGAUCCUGGAUUGCUUGGUUUUUUCCCUUGACUUGGUGAAGGAGACUUUUAGUGAGUUUUCCCUGCCCCUCAGUGAUCCGAAUGAUAAAACCUUCAACUUCCCACGGUUAUGUGAGCUGAGGAACUGCCUUGCAUAUUGUUAUAAUCAUGAGAAAACUCAUUGGUUCGUGUGGAUCAUGAAGGAGUAUGGAGUGCCUAAAUCUUGGACUAAAUUGGCCAUCAUCCCCUGCCUUCCGCGUCUAACUGAUCAUCAUUUACGUCCAUUGUAUAUCUGGGGAAACAAUAUUCUUGUGGCGGUUGCAUCAACUUCAAGGAUAGUUCUGUAUAAUUUGGAUAAUGGUAGCCUUGAAUUUCCUGUAUUGAAACCUACUCCUUCAAUAGGAUUGUACGUCUUUAUUUAUCACGAAAGCUUAGUUUCACCACCAUAUCCUCGCCUUCCAAUUAGGUCAUCCCAAAUUCAGUUCAUCAAACCCUAGCGGACAAGCUGUCUUCUGAAUGGUUUGAUUUUAGUCAACUCCUAUGCCUUCUUUAUGAGUUUUGACUUCUGAGAAUUUAUCUGUUCUUACUGCUUUGCUAAUUUUGUGAUUAUUUAUCUAGUUUUUUACAAAAUUAUACUACCUGUUAUGAUUAUUGCCAAUUUCAUAUUCACAUGCCCAGGCUGGAUUUGUAGGAUUAACCAUCAUUUACUAGUGUUCCUUUGCGCUUACAGUAAAUUUAUGCUUGUGAUGAAGAUCUGACCUUAGAUUCAAAUCUAUUAUUUUAGGGUAAAAUUAAGGGGGAGAGAAUGUAAUAUGUAAUUUAAUGCGUACCAUUUCCUUUUAAUUUUGUUGUUUUUGGAUCCAAAACUGGAUGCUUUACCCGUUGAACCAGAUGAAAUAUGCUGAUAAUUGGUGUAUGAAUGAUUCAUACCAUAGUAUUGGCAUCUUCAAAUUAUGGAUUCAUGGUCAUAAAUGAUUCUUUUAUGACUAAACAAAAUCAAAAUUGAUACAUUUUUAUUGUUUAUUUCUUGUGAUAAAUAAAUGAUUACCAGCUUUCAGUGAUCAACAUACUAGGCAGUGGGAAAAGUGAUAUAUUGAUACAUUUGUUCUCUCUUGGUGGUCAAAGAAAUGAUAUGAACUUAUGAGGUACCAACCUGGUGAUAUAAGUUAUCUGUUAUUGAUGAGUAUUAAAAAAUUGGAGCUUAAAACAAUUGGAAGAGUUGAUACGAGAUUUUACAAACAAAACAAUAAGCCAUGUCACAAAGAAAAAGAGCUUUCAUAUCUAUCUAUCUAUCUAUCUAUCUUCCUAUAUACAAUCGGAGAACAGUAGAUGGUUAGUUGUGCGACAAGUGUACAACCAUAUAUCUAUCUUCCUACAUAUUGAGUAAACACAAAUGGAAUGGCACUUCAAAAUACAGAGAUUAUCAGCGGUAAGGAAGAAGGAGCUCACGGUGAUGGAAGGAGUAGAAUGGCGGUGGUCGGUGCUGCAGUUGGGAAAGCGUUUGGUGAAGAAAAUAGUAGACGACGGCAGAGGCUCCGAGUUUUUUUUGGCGAGCAGCAGAGAUGAAGAACAAUUAGUCAAGGUGACGGUGGCUGUUGAUGCAGCGUCAAGUAGAAAGAACAGCGGCAGUGGUGAGUGGUGUUGCAGCUGUUAGUGAAGAAGGAGUAGCUGACAGCAAGUUGACGACACCGAUGAAGAGAACGGAGAGCUUGAGAUCCUACCUUUGGUGGUGUUACAGAGGUUGAAGUUGGACUGGGUUGGGUUGGCAGAGGAGUUAAUGGUGGUAUGGCUGAUUUGGAGUGAUUACGACGGCACCCUUUCCAGCAACUUCGAAUCAUCUUCAACCGGUGCAUAUAAGGGUGAAGGAAGAAGACGGAGAAAAAAAGAAAGCUGUAGGUUACGUUGCCUUAUAUUAUAAGUGAGAAGCUUGGGUGGUGUUGGAAAGCAUUAUCCAACUGCCAAAUGGGUUGUCAUGUCUCAGAAAAAGAAGAACAAGCACAAUCAGUAAGGCAUAAACAGUAAGUUUAGGCGCUGAUGGCAAAGAGAACUCAGAAAUAUGUAAUGGUGGUUAUUUGGGCAGGAACCACAUGUGAUUGAUUGUGCUUUGUUUUGUUUGUACAUCUCACAAUUAGUGAUCCAUUCUUGGUGGUGUUGCCGAAGGGGAUGGAUUAAUAGUUGUUGGAUAGACUUCUUUGAUCCUUUUGAUGAGUCAAGUAUGUACCGAAUGAUCUUAAAAAAAUGGUGAGCAUAGCAGCGCAUAAAGAAGGUAAUAUUUUACAACCGAUCCACACCUAAUUUUUUAUUUUUUAUUCUUUUGGCAUUUCAUCUGCUGCAUAUGUUCAGUUUAGAUUGCCAAUUAAAAUCGAAGUAUAUCCAAACUCAGAAUUGAGAAAUUUAAUGUCAGCUGCUGACAUUUUUCUUUUUUAAUGUUAAUUGGAAUCUCUUUUUCUUCUUGUCUUCCCCUCUCCUUUUCUUUUUUGGUGUUUCGAUUUGGUUGUACAGAGCAUAUAGGAUAAUAGGAACCAAGACUGCUGGACAAAUCAGGAGCCAUGCAGAGAAAUUCUUCACAAAGGGUAAUGGCUACCUUCUCAUCUUGAUCAUAUGUUAGGAAUAUGUAUCUGUCCUUUUAACUUGCUGAUGAUUUAUUUAGUGGUUUGGUACAUCACUUUGUAUACUUUAAUCAAUAUAAUCCACCUCCAGCGGCAUCAAAUAAUUUUGUAUCUAAACUAAUGCUUUGGAACUUAGAAGGAUCUCACAUGAAAGUUAAGUAAAUCUGAUAAAUUGACCAUUUGUAGAAACAUUCAGAGCAAAAGUGGUUUUUUUAUGUUCAUGUUUUGUUGAGAAAGUUGUGAGCACUUUUUAAAGUCUUUGAUUCGAUAAAUCAUUUUCAAAAAGUGGAUGUGAGGUUGGGGACUUGAGGUAGAUUAUGUUAAGUUUUAUAGACGUGCUUCAAGGAUUAUGCAUUGAAACCUAGAGCUGUGUCUCAAAAUAAAUUUUAAAAAAAUUCCAUGGAAAAUUAGUUUUUGUAAGUAUAUAAUUAGAUGUGUGCUAAUUUAAAUACUUCACAAAACCAAUAUUUUUAUGUUGAAACCUGGAAAAUGUUAUGUUGAUUUUCUUAAUUUUAAGUUUGAUGGGAAAGGCUAAUACACAACCAGCAUAUGAUACUAUGAUCUCAUUUUUCAAAUGCAUCCAGUCAUAAUUUGUUAUGUGGUUUCUGGAUAUAGUAUUGUUAUUGAAAUAAAAACUACUCGAGUCACCAAAUCCUUUCUUGAAAAAACAAACCAAGUUCACAAUUUCGAAAACUGACAUUUCAGUUUCUAAGAUCCCCACUUGUACGAUUAUCUUAUUCUUAGAAACAAGUAGAGUCAUUAUAAAUGGUCACAAAGCUACACAGUAACCAGACAUAUUUGAUGAAGAUAAUAAGCCUACUUGGGGGGAAAAGAGGUACGUGCAUGGUGAUGAGAGCCGUAAUUUUUAUUAUUACAAGACAAGAAAUUGAUGAACUCAUCCAUAAGAAACUGAAAAUAGAUUAAAGCUUUGCUACUGCAUUUCUUUUACUUUAUUUUUUCUAAUUUUUCUAUAAACAAAUAAUCUUGAUGAGACAAUACUUGGUACUGCUGCUGCUUUCAUUUUAAGUGAAAUAUUAUUUAUGGAUUACAAUAUAGGUAUGCAGAGCUGAGUUGAAAAAUAGAACUCUGAGUUUGCUCAUUCCACAAUUAUACACACCAAAGCCUAAUGAUAACUGAAUGAGACAAGUUAUACAAGUUCUACAGUUUUAUAUUUGUAUUGAAAAAAUUAGAUGAAGGAAUUGUUUCGUUACUAUCAUUAUUGAAAUUAAAAAUUAACUAAUAUAUCAAUUCAAAGUCUGAUAUGUUAGAAAAGGUUGGAUAAUAAAAAGUUCUCUUUUACCAUUUUUUUUACUGACUAAAGUUUAAAUAAUAAUAUUUACUAGGAUACUCAAUAGUAGGCAGCAAUUUUACUUCUGUUCCUGCUCAAGCUUAAUGUUCUAAGUGAGAAUUACUUCUUGAGAGUUGCAUGUUAUUACUCUUUUGUACUGUGAAAAAGUUGGCAAUGAAAGUAGUUUUUUUCUUGAUAUUCCUUUUUUUAAAGGCCUGAUAAUCAUGCUAUGAUAAUGCAGCUUCUUUGCCAUAAGAACACUAUGGAGAAAAAUCCUUUGCAAGCUGCUACGUUUCCUAAAGGAUUUGAGCACAUGCUUCAUGACCUGUCAUAGUUAGAGAUGAAAAAAUGGCACAAAUAACUGAAGUUGGAAGGAGAGGGUCAUGCUAUUAAGGAGAGGUUGGCGAAGGAGAAUGUUUUGCUUUCAAACACUGUCAGGAAGCUUAGCAAAGAUGUCUAUAAGAUGUGAAUUAUUACUAUAUAAUUCUGUCUUUGAAUGAAUAAUUCUUAGUUCCUUGGCUUUAUUUAGCAAUUUGCUAAAGGGUUUAGGGGACAUAUCCAAUUCUAAUUAUCUCUCUCUGAAUUUUUAGGUCUUUAGAUUUUUUGUUUUAGCAGUUUUUGCUGUAAAUGUAUUCUUGUUAAACUGUGGGCUUGUGUUCUUAUAAACUUCAUGCCUUGCUGUUUAUGACAACUAUCGAAGCAUAUAGCAUACUUGGAAGAUUACAACAGGCUAAGGCCUUUGAGUUACA